UGAUACCGCCAAUAUAAUAAACAGUAUCUCUUUAAAUUACUAUUAUAAAAUUUUGGAAGUAACUUAAAAAGUAAUAAAUAAGGAGUUUAUCCCUAACCCAAUGUCAACUAUUUCAGUUCAUUUACGUUGGGUUCUGGAAAUGAAAGGUAGCUGUUUGUGUCUUUUAAUGGUGAUGAUAGCUCAACAUGAUUAAUAUCAAUAAAAGAUACAUAUUUUUAUAACAACAAAUUUCUUCAAGUAGCUACUCUGAUUGUCCUUGACCCUUUGGGACCAUUCCUUUCUACUACGCAUAUUACCGAUAAUUGAAAUGAUUGGGGUUGGUCCAUGGCCACUUAAAUUGCCACUGACUCAUCAGCCACAACGAAACGUCGUGUUCUUCCACCUUAGGCCGCUCCAUCGAUCUUCCUAGUUUUGUCUUUUACAUAUAGACCUCCUACUCCAUUCUAGUUUCAUAUCUCUUGCAUGAUUUCAUGUUGGAAUCCCAUUAUCCCACCAACUACAUGCUUGAAUUUCAGGGGGACAGUUCCAUCCUGUAACUGAGCCGAGAAAAGUGUUGUUGAGUUUUUACAUUUUAGAGUUCUCAAACAAUGGUGCGAUCAAACCAAAAGCCCCAUCUUGUAUUACUAUCCGCCCCUGCUCAUCUCCAACCUGUUAUUGAGCUCGGGAAACGCCUUGUCACUUGCCAGGAUGUUAAGGUAACAAUUAUAGUUGCUUCUUUUGUCCAAUCAGCUCCAGCGGAAUCCCGUAUGGUCCAAGCUGCGUUGGCUACAAAACUCUUCGAUGUCAUCCACCUCCCACCAGCUGACAUAUGCAACCUCGUUGAACCUGGUGAUAAGGGAAUCACAUCACUUUCUGCGGCCAUGCAUGUCGUCAAGCCUGAUUUUCAGGCCGCUAUAUUGGGUUUGGAGACUCUGCCAACUGCUCUCGUCGUUCACGUCUUUGCGAUCGAGUGUUUAGGAAUUGCGGAUGAGCUUAAGAUCCCUAAAUAUGUUUUUGUUUCCACAAAUGCAUGGUUUCUUGCUACGAUUGUAUACACUCCGGUUCUAGACAAGGAAGUAGAAGGAGAGUAUGCCGAUAAGAAAGAACCAUUUGCUCUUCCAGGUUGUUCGUCGAUUCGAGCAGAAGAUUUGCCAGAUCCCAUGUUGUUACGAACGAAAGCGAAUUACCGUGAAUUUCUGAAAAUAGGUAUAGAGAUUCCAAAGGCCGAUGGGAUUUUGGUGAACGCAUGGGAAGAAUUGCAGCCUAAAACACUGGCCUCUUUGAGAGAUGGUAACCUCUUGGGUGGUGUUGUUAAGGCACCAAUAUUCCCAGUCGGUCCGAUAAACUCCGAGGGGUCUUCGGCACUGAAGAGCGAGUUAUUUGACUGGCUGGACAAGCAAACUACUGACUCAGUUCUUUACAUAUCUUUUGGAAGUAUGGGAGGGCUCUCACUUGAGCAAAUGUUGGAAUUAGCUUGGGGUUUAGAGUUGAGCCAGCAAAGGUUUAUAUGGGUAGUUCGUCCGCCGAUAGAAAAACCAGGCAGCGGCUCCGUUCCCAAGUUUGGGAACAUUGGUGACGAUAUGUCGAGUUACUUGCCUGAAGGGUUCAUCUCAAGGACCCGAGACAAGGGAGUGAUUGUUCCACAAUGGGCCCCACAAGUGGAAAUCCUGAGUCAUCCAUCUUGUGGAGGAUUUUUCACGCAUUGUGGUUGGAAUUCAGCAAUAGAAUGCAUCACCAAUGGAUUGCCAAUGAUCGCUUGGCCACUAUACGCUGAGCAAAGGAUGAAUGCUACAUUGCUGACGGAGGAAAUGGGCAUAGCUCUUCGAUCUGAAACCUUACCAUCAAAGGGUGUUGUGGGGAGGGAGGAGAUAGAGAAGAUGGUGAGGAAGAUUUUUGUGGAUGAGGGUGGACGUCAAAUGAGGGCCAGAGUGAAGGAACUGAAACUUAGUGCUGAGACAGCUUGGAGCAAUGGUGGUUCAUCAUAUGAUGCACUAGCUAAAAUGGUGAAACACAGCCAGAAAAAAGCUAUAGAAAUCGAUGUUUAACGGCAAUGUGUGUCUCCAAAAUAAAAUUUGUGGCAAUUAUCAUGCCAAAGGAAUAUUUCCUAGACUCUUUUACCCUUUCAAUUAUUUUUUAUUUACAUUUAUUUUAUUUUUAAAA